AUCCGAAUCACCACACGCCGCUGGAGUGUUCUCGAGGCUUCUCCAUAAUUCGUGUCACCUCCACGAUGGCGAAAGAUUACGAUUAGCGAUGAUAGUUAUGGGAAGGGCACGUGGAUGGGUGCCGUAUAAGAACUGCCUUUAAACCUGAGAGUAGAGAAAAUCAUCAUCAUUCAGAAAGCAUCAUCAUCCGAGCUCGACAUAACACUCAAGAAAUACAAUCGCGACAUUAUUCCGAUCACCAACUCGAACCAAUACAAAUACCAACAACACAAACAACACAAACAACAAACCGAAAUGCCUAUCUUCGCCUGCCCCGUCCCUACCCAGCAGCACCACCAGCAGCAGCAGCGGCAACAGCGCAUGGAUCCCUACCUCGAAGCGAUCCUCUCGCAGCUCAGCGGCCAUGAAGAUUCCCAGUCGUCUCAACACAAGCCCACGAGCACCACUCACAGUUCCGCACCCCGCCCCACCCCGACGCCACGCCAACACAACCGCUCGAACCGCGCCUUCACCCCGCGGUUCGACGUCUACGAAACCGCCGAUGCAUACCACCUCGACGGCGACCUCCCCGGCGUGAGCGACAAGACAUCGAUCGGAAUCGAGUUCUCGGACGAGAGGACGCUGAGCAUCAGCGGACGUGUCUCGAGAAUCCGACAACCUGUGGAGGAGAAGCACGAGGAGAACAAGAAGGGCGGCGAAGAGUCGACGACCAUGGAGAGGCGACGGAGCCUACAGCCCACUGUCGAAGACACCGACGACGAGGACGACUUCUCGAUUGUAUCCCACACCAGCAACAAGAAGUCCUCCGAGCAGCAGCAGGUGGCGAAAUCGGAGGGUACUACCACAAAGCCCGCCGGUCCCGAAACCAAGACCUGGGUCACCGAACGCACUUUUGGAAACUUCCAGAGGACGUUCAACUUCCCGACACCGGUGGAUCUGGAGAAGGUUACUGCGAAGCUGGAGGCGGGAUUGCUCCAGAUUGUGGUGCCCAAGAGGGUGUUUGGUGGUGCGAGGAAGAUUCAGAUCGCAUAGGGGGAUAUAUAUAAGCUCUCCCUACGUGGGAUUUGUACUCUCGUUUUUUGUCUUUGCUUUGCUUCUGUUUAUUGGGUGUGGCAUCUGGUUACGGUCAUGGUUUGCUUGAUUUGAAUGCGUGGAUUCAAGUGCUUGGUUUGGUUUUUUGUUUGGUUACGGAGUAGGAUUGAUAAUGAAAUUGUCUUUUUCAACUUGAAA